ACCCGCCCGUCACCCUCCAGCAGCGCGCAGGCGCAGCGCGGCGCCCCGGGAAACAUCUCGCGCCGGCGGCGGUUGGACCGGCCGACAUGGCGGCGCUGGCGCGGCUCGCGGUGGCCGCGCUGCUCUGGGCGGCCCAGGUGGCCGGGGAGUACGGGAUGGUGCGCGUGGUGUCGGAGACGGAGGUGCUGCAGGGCAAGGAUUACUGCGUCCUCUACAAUCCGCAGUGGGCACCGCUGCCCCACGACCUCAGCAAGGCGUCCCUCCUGCGGCUGCAUGACUGGACCAGUUCGCUGCUCUGCUCGCCUGCAGACCUGCCAGUUGAUGGCUUCAGCAACCAGCUCGCCCUGGUGGCCCGCGGGAACUGCACCUUCUAUGAGAAAGUGAGGCUGGCCCAGGGCGGCGGGGCGCAAGGCCUGCUCAUUGUGAGCCGGGAGAAGCUGGUGCCCCCUGGUGGCAACAAGACACAAUACGAAGAGAUUGGCAUCCCCGUGGCCCUGCUCAGCCAUAGGGACGUGCUGGACAUUUUCCGGCGCUUUGGGCACGCCGCAAGGGCGGCGCUCUACGCCCCCAAGGAGCCCGUGCUGGACUACAACCUGGUCAUUAUUUUCAUCAUGGCCGUAGGCACUGUCGCCCUCGGGGGCUACUGGGCCGGGAGUCGGGACGUGAAGAGGAGGUACCUGAAGCAGAAGCGUGAUGAGGGGCUGGACAAGCAGGAGGACACGGUGGUGGACGUGACGCCGGUCAUGAUCUGCGUGUUCGUGGUCACGUGCUGCACCAUGCUGGUGCUGCUCUACUACUUCUAUGACCAGCUGGUCUAUGUCGUCAUUGGCAUCUUCUGCCUGGCCUCUUCCACCGGCCUCUACAGCUGCCUGGCGCCCCUUGUGCGGAGGCUGCCCUGCUGCACGUGCAGGGUCCCCGACAACAGCCUCCCAUACCUGCGCAAGCGCCCGCAGGCCCGCAUGCUGCUGCUGGCUGCGUUCUGUGUGUCCGUCAGUGUGGUGUGGGGUAUCUUCCGCAACGAGGACCAGUGGGCCUGGGUGCUGCAGGACGCCCUGGGCAUUGCCUUCUGCCUGUACAUGCUGAGGACCAUCCGCCUGCACACGUUCAAGUCUUGCACGCUCCUGUUGCUGGUGCUCUUCCUCUACGACGUCUUCUUUGUCUUCAUCACACCCUUCCUGACCAAGAGUGGGAACAGCAUUAUGGUAGAAGUGGCUACAGGACCCACAGACUCGGCCACCCACGAGAAGCUGCCCAUGGUCCUGAAGGUGCCCCGGCUGAACUCCUCGCCACUGGCCUUGUGUGACCGGCCCUUCUCUCUUCUGGGUUUCGGAGACAUCCUGGUGCCAGGGCUGCUGGUCGCCUACUGUCACAGGUUCGACAUCCAGGUGCAGUCGUCGCGUGUCUACUUUGUGGCAUGCACCAUCGAACGCCCUGUCUCUGCAGCCUACGGCGUGGGCCUUCUGGUGACGUUCGUGGCGUUGGCACUAAUGCGGCGGGGCCAGCCCGCCCUGCUCUACCUUGUGCCCUGCACUCUGGGGACGAGCUGCGUCCUGGCGCUGUGGCGCCGCGAGCUGGGCGCCUUUUGGACCGGCAGCGGCUUUGCGAAGGACCUACCUCAGACUCCAUGGGCCCCCAGCCCCGCCGAGAACCCCCAGCCACGCAAGGACCCGGAUGGCCCCACCUCCCCCCUGCCUCCACGGGAAGACCCCGACGGCCUUGCCCUGCCCACCUCACAGCCUGAGGAGCCCGGGGCCGGGAGCCCUGCCCAGGAGCCCGGCUGUGCCCCCAGCUGCAGCCCCAGCCCCUCCACAGCUGGGGACCAAGUGCCAACCAGCCCUGCAGCCCUCCCCAGCUCCUCGGCCUAGAGCAGCCGACCACGCUGAGAAGGAGGGGUCCCGACACCCCAGCCAUCCCCUGGACCAAGACCUGCGCCGGGCCGCCCCCUCCCCACAUGGUGCUCAUGACCCCGGCCAGGUCCCCGGCUCCAGCUCCGCCACCCCCACCCCCGCCCCCCUCCCCUGCAGCCACUCAUGGCUCUUGCCGGGUCAAAGCCCCUGGCACAGC